AUGCCCGUGCUGGCCAAGCCGGCAGCCCAAGCGGCCCGCCGCCACUACAAGGGCCGUGACCUCAACCUUCACCAGCACCUUCCUCACCCGGAGUGUCCUCGCUGCUGGGCGGCCCUGCCCAAGACUGAAGUCCGCGCCUCAGACCGGCCCCUUCAGCCACCAGCAGGCCACAUCCUCUGCCCGAGAUGCCCAUUCUUCCCUUUCCGGUUCAGAAAAAUCCAGACUGAUGUCACCUUUUCCAGGAAGCCCGUUCUGACCUCAGGCUGGUCAGGGCCUUCUGAGUUCCCCAGACCCAAGGUUCACCUCCGAUCAGCACCACAGGCUGUGUUUGCCUGUCUUGUACCCCCACCGCCGUUCACACCUUCCUCUAGUGACAGGGGCUGGAGAGCCGAACCAGCUGCUGGGGCCCAAGGCUUCAGGCCAGCCUUCAACUUUGUCUUUGACCUGCACAACACCACGGCCAGCACGGGCACCUGUCUUAUCACGGAAGCUGCUCACAACAUCUCUGUCAAGCACCUGGGCUACCACCUACAGUCCCCAGUCCUGGAGCUGGGACCCCAGCCUCAGGGCGUGCUGCGGGCAGACCUAUUCACCAGGAUAAGGACUGUGGCCAAAGUCCUGGACUUCAUCGAACUCUUCAACCAGGCUGAGAGCUCCUUUGGCACAGGCGCGGCCUUUCCUGCUUUGGAGCUGGAAGCCAAUAGAACCGUGGGCAGCGUGGACUUCCCACGUACGGAGGCUGGGGACCCGGCAGGCACCGUGCACCCUCAGCUGCCAGGUAGAGACUUCCAGCUACUGUCGCCCAGUAUGGCCAUCUUCCAGAUGUUCAGUGAUGAGGAUGUGCUCUAUGAGGGGGAGUCCGCUGUGUACCCCGUGUUCAACGAGGCCACCUACUGUGAGAGGGGCAUUGCCUCCCUCCAGACUAAAAAGCUCAUAUUCUCUGUGCCUGCCCUUGCCCCCACCCUAGGUCCCUCACCCACGCCAGGCCUGCCCAGGCUCAGCCCUCCCACCUGA